CCACAGGACGUGAGAGCCGGCAUCAGAGGAGGAAGCUGGGAGGGGGGGUGGGGGGGGCUUCCGUACUGGAUGGGCCCAGCGAUGCCUUGAUGGAGCAUGGGCCAGGUUUUAGGAUUCUCCCACUGCCAGGAAUAUGGCUCAGUGGCAUCCACUCCUGACUCCACUCCUCCAUGCACCGACGGUGGAAAUGAAGAGUCGGAGCUGUUCGAGCUGCAAACAGCGAGGGAAUGGUCCGACGACGACGACGGAGGAAGUGGAGAUCCAGACGAUGACGAUGGAUUGGCCUCAUCUCCCUCCAUCUGGGGCACGCCACGUCAGCACUCCUACGAGCUGACUUUCUCUUACAUUGCCAUCGCCGAGGCAGAAGCGGUGGGAUCCUCGCGACACACCCGGGACCGGCGCAGGACCCACUCCCGGGGAAGUCGCGCUCCUCUGAUCCGCACAGACACCCUGGAAACACUGUUGGACUCCCCCGACGUGGACUGGGACCCUCAAGCCUUCCUCAGCCGAGAGGAAGAAGAGGAAGCGUCCCUGAGGAGAGAACAGGAGAGGGCGGCGUUGAGGAGGGAGCAACACAGACAAAUUGAGACUAUCACAAUCCAGCCCUCGCCCCAAAAUCUGGAGCAGGAAAAUCAGGAGAGAGACGCAGAAACCCAACGAGAGGAGCCACUGUGCAGUCAGACUCAGACUGUCCACGACCCCUCUCGAUCUCUGUCUUCCCAGGAUCCCUCACAGACACUUCAGGCAGCGGCAUCCCCCGAGCCAGAGUCUCCUGUCUCCAGGGAAACCAUUUCGGUCAAGCUGCUCACAUCUGUGCAACCCAGAGGCCCGGCGUCUUCAUCGCAAGCUGCCAUCGGUCUAAACUCUCAGGAACAGCUGGUCAGCGAGCACUGGUUUUCAGCACUCAACCUAUCAGAGGAACCGACAGUAUGCAUGCGAGUAGCAGUGAUGGACCUGAUCUUCUGGAAGGACACGGAGCGAACAGGCAUGGUGCUCACAGGGUUGGUGGUGGGCCUACUGGCCCUGUUCCAGCUCAGCAUCAUCACUGUGGUCUCCAUGGCCUCCCUGGCUGUCAUGUGCUUCACCAUCUCAGUGAGGAUCUACUACCAAGUCCUCCACAUCCUCAACUGGGGGGACGGGAAACACCCUUUCCAGUCAUACUUGGAUCUGGACAUCAGUUUCAGCGGAGAGGAAGCUGACGGCUACAUGCAGAAAGCCAUCGUCAUGGCUCUGUCUGCAGUGGACUCGCUUAAGGGACUUUUUUUCGUUGGAAACCUCUUUGAGUCCCUCAAGCUCCUGGUUCUGAUGUACCUUGUGACGUACCUGGGAGAGCUGUGCAAUGGCCUUACUCUGCUCAUCAUCAGUGUGAUCGCCGUCUUUUCUCUGCCACUUUUCUACAGACAGCGCCAGGAGCAGGUGGACGCCUACAUUGGAAAAAUCCAGGCCCAAAUUGACAACUUUAAGGACACCUUGCAUAGACUUGCCCAAGGCGGUGGCCCUCCUCCUGACUCAACUCCUGGUGGCGCUAAACCCAAAGCCCAGUAAAAACUGAUGGACAAGGACUUACAGAACAAUCUCCCAGAGUUACAGGCUGUCACUCACAUGUCUUACCCAGCAGUCUGCGCUCAGAGCUCCACAGAAUGGAGCUCCAGAGACCGAGGAAGGGACGGGAGGUUACUUAAUUGGACAAUGAUGAAGAUGACGCAUGGUACUUUAUACUCUAGCUGUAUCUUAGUUAAGGGAUUGGAGGUUGGGGUGUCGGUUUGAAAAAUAAUCAAGGUGUAUGAAUCCUGGAUGAGACUCUUGCUGCUGACAUCAGAGAUGCAAAGAUGCAGCUCGUCGUAUUCUUUGAAAUAAUCGUUGUUUUUAAUAUGUUAAUAUGACUCAAGAAGUGUCUUAGAUAGAGGAAAGCUGUAGUCCAAAUGAGGUACUAAGACCAAGAACCAAGAAUGGAAAGUUCCCACACCGAUGGCUACUCACCUGAGAAAAAGAGAAGUGAGUUGCUAUGGUGACAAAAACAAGGGUAAACAUUAUUCAUGGCAAUUAAGGAUGCAUGUGUCACACUUGAAUGCAUUCUCAAUCUCAUGACAGUUUAUGUGUGUGUAUGUGAGUGUGUCUGUGUUAUGCCUCACACACUGCUUGCAUUAUGAAAAAAAACAUACCAACAAGAAAUUAAAGCCACAUUUCUCUUUUAUUAUCCAACACUUUCUGUUUCUUCUCAUCCACACAGCCAUUCACCUUAGGCCACUCAAGUGUUCAUUAUUUUAAUUUUUCAUGUUGUAUUUUGUCACUUCAUCACUUUCACCACAAGGGGCAGCUUUCCUUCCCCCGUUUGAAUAAAUAGGAAGUGUAAACCUAACAUGUUUAAAGAGAGACAAAGAGAUGUAUUCCCUCCCUUGCUACAGCCUCUUUUAAUGUACAUGUAUCAUAAUCCAGUGAAAUCACUUUUCAGUAUGUUCCCCUCUGAUCCUCUCUGAGCUCUUUGUGAACAUCUCCAGCCUUGUGAAGGAAUGUGGGAGUGAAAUACAGCAGGUGCCUUUCUAACUGCAGGUUAUAGUGCAUGAUCAGAUUCACAGUGCUCACGGCUGCUGACAACAGCUUACGUCUCCUCCCAUCGCCUUCCUGAGAAUGGUGUUAUGUAUGUGUGUGAUAGAACGUGUGUCAUGACAAGGUAUCUUAUACAGAGUUGUAAGUAGUUCAGUUUUAGGAAUAAUAAAAAUAAUUCAGGACA